CAGUCCACGACCGUUUGCCACGAGACUUCGAUCUCUGGUACGCAGGGCGCACGAAACCGAGAGAGAAAGAGAGAAACGCAUAGACUUCUUGCCGAAAAUACGGAAAAGAUAGACGUUUCGCAGUUAGAGAUACACGACCGGAUACGAAGCUUAUAUUCACGCAAAGAUAUACCGCGGACAGAGAGAUAAGGACAACACUUAGAAACACUUCGCGCGCGCGCGCGCGCGAGAGAGAGAGAGAGAGAGAAAUAAUCGCCGACGAAAAACACCGGUGACGGAGAACAAGGGAAAGAGAUAUAGUCGAGCGCGUCUCGCGAGAAAGACUGAAAAAAAGAGAGAGAACAAAUAUUCACAAACGACGAGAAUUCAGCUUUUAAAGUCUACAUCGACGUCAUCGUCGUCGUCGUCGUCGUCGUUGUCAUCGUCGUCGUCGUCGUCGUCGUGGUCAUCGUCUUCAUCGUUUCCUUCGUCCUCAUCGUCAGCCCUCGACCUCUUCGUCCAACGGCGAACCAACAGUUGCCUGUCGCACAUAAAGAUUAUAGAAGAAUUGUCUUGAUCGCUGAUCGUUGAUCACCAAACAAAAUGGCGGCUUUCGUGGCAAAGCAGAUGGUCGGCAACAAGCUGAAUGCUGUUAAAGGAGCGGUCGGUGGCGAAGGAGGAGACGAAGAUGACAAGGAGAAGGAGGAGGAGGCCGAAAGGGAAAGGCAAGAAGCCAUCAGGGAGGCUGAGGAGAGGAGGAAAGAGAAACAUCGCAAGAUGGAAGAAGAACGAGAGAAGAUGCGACAGGAGAUCAGAGACAAGUAUAACAUAAAGAAGCGAGAAGAGGUCCAAGAAAUGCCGCAGGAAGAGCCGAAUCCUUUGAUGCGAAAGAAAAAGACGCCAGAGGAAUUGGCGGCCGAGGCUGAAGCCGAGGACGAGGACGAGUUAACGAAACUGAAAAACGUGAUAGAGACGCACGUGAUGGACAUCAAAACGCAAAUCGAAAGUAAGUGCAGCCUCCAAUGAGCCUACGGGAGUAUAACACGGACGGCGAGCGCGACAUCGUGUGUCAUCGUGGUAGGGGACGAUGGGGUGGGUGGAAAAUGCGGAAGAGGAGUUACUGCUGGUGAAAUGAAUAGAGGAGGAAGAAGGGAUGAAGAAGUAAAGGGGAGGAAAUGAGAGAGAAGGUGCUGUCUUCGUCGCGUCUGCCGUACGUAGAUCGAUCCGAGCGUGUCGUCUAACCAUCGUUACUCGACCUUCGAAGAGAGAACGCUGGAAAGAGAGCGAGGAGAGAGAGAGAGAGAGAGAGAGAGAGAGAGAGAGAGAGAAAGAGAGAGAAAGAGAGAGAGAAAGUUCAAGGUCGAUCGCGUUAACCUUUCGGAGAAAGGAAAGACAAGUGCUUCGAGUUAUUAUCCGAUCGAUCGUCUUUCAUCGAAGAAAAAAAUAAAAAGAGAAGAAAAAAAUGAGAAAAAGAAAAUAAACGAAUAUGUUUUUGUUUUCUUUCGCUUUGAUUUUUUCUCUCUGUCUUUUUGUUUUGUCGUUUUUCUUUCUUCUUUUUUUUUUUUUGUUAUUUCUUUUCCCUCUCUUUUUUUUUCUUCGUCUAUGAGAGACAUCCGAUUUCACGAAGUAAAAGGUAUAUAUAUAUAUGUAUACAUAUAUAUACAUACAUAUAUAUAUAUAUAUGUACAUAAAUAAAGUAUAUGGCAGAAUUGUCGAAAACGAUCGUCGAUGGACCUGCUAUACGACAAAGAAAGAAAACGGAAACAAGAGUUGGAAACGUGCACGAGCAAGUAAAAAGAAGACCGGAAGAGGAAAAUGGGACAUGGCAGAGUUCGAAAAAAGGCCUGUGUGGAAGAAGAGGAAAGAGAGAGAGCCCGUGAAGAAGACGGAUUUGACGAUUCGUUUACGGGUCACGUCCCGUGAGAAUUCAAAGAAGAGACGAAAGAAGAAAAAGAACGAGAGAAAGAGAAAUAAAAAGACUUGGUCUAUGAUCGAGAUCGAUUACGAUGAAAAGAAUUUUCUUUCUACCUUUUUUUCUUUCUUUCUUUCUUUCUUUCUUUCUUUCUUCUCGAAUUUUCUUAUUUUUCACUUUUGAAAAGAGAACACGAGUUGACCAAGAUCGAAUGUGAAAGCUAUUCGACUACGAAUAUCGAUUCCGUAUUUUUCUAAGUCAAUCAGAAAACGAAAGAAAAAGAAAGAGAUUCGUAAAAGGAAACGGAUCUUUAUUCUUCUCUCUCUCUCUCUCUCUCUCUCUCUCUCUCUCCUUCUCUCUCUCUCUCUCUUUUUCUCUCUCUCUUAUUCUCUCUCUCCCUCUCUCUUUUUCUUCUCUUAUUCGGAAUCGUCAUAGACGAAUCGACGUUGCGACGCAAAGAUAACAAAUGAGCUUAAGAGAGAAGAAGAACGAACGAAUGGAAAGCAAAGGGAAAAAAAAGAAGAAGAAGAAGAAGAGAAAAGCGGAAGUAUAACACGAGACACAUACGUUAGUACCUAAGUUUCUAGUAAAUUUUUUGAAAAUGGUGGGUAACCUGCCGGUAGAGAGAACAAUGAAACAAACUAAAUUAAAAAAUAUAAAAAAAAAAAAUAAAUAAAUAAAUAAAAAGAAAAAAAGAAAACACACGAGUUAUGUAGUUGCUAGAUUUCGUGCGACACGGCUGUUUCAAUAAAUAAUGAGAUUAGGAACGAGGAGUCAGGGGGUUAAUAUUAAUUAAAGUAUUCGUAGUUAGCGACGAGUUAAGCCAUGAGGGAUCGAGGGCCAUGAACGAGUGGAGAAAGUCGAACGAGUGGAAGGAAUAAAAAUUAGAAGUGAAAAUAAUGAUUACGAGAAGGAAAAAAAAUUGAGAAAAUAAGCGUAUACAGAAGAAAUGAAAGGCUAUUGAAAAUUAAAAAAAAAAAAGAGAGAUAACUGAGAAAAGGUAACGAACACAAACCGGCGACCUUUGCUCUCCAUCCGUCCAAAUUAUGCGAUUUCUUUUUGAUUAAAUAGGAAAGAGGAAAAUAUUAGGUGGACCGGAAGGUAAUGUCGUUUUUUUACGUUAAAUUUAAACGAAUAAAUUUGUAACUUGUUUUUAUUUUUAAUCAGUGAUAUAAUUACCCUCGUUAUCAACAACCUUUUGCCAUCUGUAAUUUUCAAUGCCAGAUCGAUAAAAAUCAAUGUGGUAGAUCGGUUAAUUUCGUUUUCUUCGGACAGAUUAUGCGGGAGCCAAACACUUGUUCUGCAUAAUUUAACAAUCUGCUGUAAAUGUUCUGAGAUGGUCAAUCAUGGUUGGUUAAAAAUGUUUGACAAGUGUUCUCUAUUUUCUGACACGAAUUUGUUCCCAUUUCCGCUUUUAACACGUCAUUGUUUAAAGUUGUUAAUCUUCCUGAUUGAUACGAGUCGAAAAGAUCAACAUUACCCGAUCUAAACUUAAAAAACCAUCUUUGGCAUUUAAGAAUGUCUAAUACACUUGGAUGAAUAUCGCAAAUGUUUUUAAUAACAACUGUUGCGUUACUACCCUUGUAAAACUCAAUACUGGAUAUGUAUCUCUGCUGGUAUUUGGCUGGUCAUUCAUCCAAAAUUGCAAAAAAGAAAUUUUUACUUUAAUUAUUGAAAAGUAAACAAGUCACUCUAACUGCAAAAUGUUUUUGACACGGCUUUGAAGUACUCAAUGAGCUCACAAAUGAUAAAUAAUUAUUGAUAUGCGCAGAAACUACAUUACUUUACGAUACACCUAAUAGAAAGAGUUAAGAUCGAGAGAUAGAACCUAAUCUGCUCUCAAUCUUAGGGCCAAGGCGAGUCUGAUAUUCUAUUAGAGAAAAUAAACAAAGAAAAAAAAAAGAACUUUCUAGAUUUCGUACGAGACGCGAGCAUAAACGUUCGAUAGAAUUUUUAUCUCGGAAAAAACGAGCAACGAGUCAAUUUUUGCUCGUAAUUCAUUGGUAGUUAAAAUUAAAAUUUUCUCUCAUAGUUAGACAAACCAGUGGUUUAGAAUCUAACCGAAGAUGAAUGAAAAGAAAAAAAUAAAAAAAGAAGAUAACAAGUGGACGCGAUGAUCAGAGCAUUGACCGCCGGCUCGAAACGGAGAACAAAAAGAAACACGCGUGAUACUUUCGAUAUUUUUGUUCAUUGUUUUUUAAUCAGCAAGCGAGAAAAGUAGAACGUUCUGGACGAGAAAAAAAUGAAAGAGGAUUGAACGGCCAAGGGGAGAAAAAGUAAAAGGGGAAUUUAAAGGAAAAACAAAGAAAAAACACACACACACACCAAAAAAAAAAACAAAAACAAAAAAAAGAGUUAAAAAGUAUAGAAAAAAAAGUGACACGUGUAAAAGCAGUUUUUCUACGGAGGAUGGAAGACAAAAAGUAUUUUUUUAUUUUCAAUGUCGUUCCUCUCGAUGUUACCCGAAGGAAAAAAAGAAAAAAAAAAGAGAAAAAACAUAGAAUGUUCAUUAAAAGAGAAAAUGAUUAUAAAAAAAAGAAAAAAAAGAUGAUAACUAAAAAGAAAAAAACGGACUCUCCCGAUCUGUCCUCGAGCACAGUCUCUCUCUUUUUUUUCUUCUUCUACUUUUCUUUUCUUUUCUUUCCUCUCUCUUUAGGCACCUGUCCGCCGUCGAACUUCAUCGUCGACUCUAUACCGCAUGAUUCGAAGCAACGACCAUCGUUUCAAGCCUUACGUUUUACUGCUUAUCGAAAAACGAAACUUAAUCCUGACAGAUUCCCGACACGCGAGCCGUAAACCGUACGAUACGUGUAUCACGCACGAUAAUGUAAAAACGAGAUCGAGGAAAAUAGAAGAAAACCAAAGGAAAAAAAAGAGAGAAAAGAUAUAACGUGACGUAGAACGAUUUUCUCGGUGGAAUAGGAAUAAUAAAAAAGCAAAGAAAGAAAAGAAAAAACAAUGGAUAACGCUACUUGUUAAAUUAUGAGUUACGUAUGUAAAUCGAAAUGAAAAAAAAAAAAGAUGAAUGAAAAAGAAAAAUGCGGAGUCGAGAAAUAUAAUAUUACAAGUCGAAGGGCCUUCUUUCCAAGAAAAAAAAAAAAAAAAAAGAAAAAAGAUUAUUAAAAGAAAAAGAAAAAAGUAAAAAAGAGAAAAAAAGCAGAAAAAGAAAAGGAAAAAAAAUUAAUCUUUCGAUGUUCAGAACGCGCAUGUUUGCUUUACGUGAACGUAGUUACGCUUGAAGAAAACGUAAAUGAGUAAAUAGAUGAAAAGACUACUUACGUGUUUCUCUCGAUGUAAUUAUAAACUCUCCGUAUGAACGUCAAAGAUGUUCGCUCUUGUUGCAUGCACGCGCACUUUCCUGCUCUUAGUCGUCGAACGAAUUGAUGUUAUAGGCCGGAGGAAAUAAAUAAAUAAAUAAAUAAAAUAAAAAAUUAAAAAAUACAAAAAAUCCGAUCGCAGAGUUCAAAAACUAAAAGAAAUGAUAACGAUAAUUUUCGAACGAGAUAAUUUAACCCUCCUUUAACUUUUCACUAUCCAAGUCGAUGACGUUGAUUAAAAUACUCUCGUCAGAAAAAGAAAAAAAGAAAAAAAAGAAAAGAAAAAUAAAAAUUAAGAUAACCGUAUAAAUGUUCGCGGAAGUAAUCGAGUCAAAAGUUUUGGUAAGUUCGAGAGCAAAAAGUAGGGGUAAGUUCUUCCGUUCGACGCCAGACUAAAGUUUCGGAAAAAUUCGAAAGUAGUACUGAUCUUCAUUUUAUAUAUAUAUAUAUAUAUAUAUAUAUAUAUAUAUAUAUAUAUAAAGUUCUCUCUCUCUCUCUCUUUCCCUCUCUUUGCUAUGUCGUUAGAGGGAGAAAAAAAAACGACAAAGAUUCCAAACGGGCUGCAUUUUUCCGUCGUCGGUAGUGACUUGGCAGCUGUUUGUUCGUGAAAAACAAACCGAAAACUUUUCCACCAUCCGGGCUUUAAACUCGGUAGUCAGUCUUCUAUACGAUAAAGAAAAAGAGAGAGAUAGAGAGAGAGAGAAAGAGAGAAAGAGAGAGAGAGAGAGAAAGAGAGAGAGAGAGAGAGAGAGAGAGAGAAAGAGCGGAAGAGAAAAAGAAAAGGAAAAACUUUCGACGAAAGCUUAAAGCUCAUCCCCGAACGUGCCGACAUGGCUGCUGAAAAUUCGAUUUUACACUCCUCAAGAUUUCCGGUCACACUCCCGUCGAUGUAAUCUACUUACACACGUAUAAAUUUCUUUCCUUUUUUUUUCUUCAUUUUUACAAAUAUUUGAACAAACAAUUAGAAAAGAAAAAUCAAGCCGCAUCUUUGUUAUCUCAAUAUCCCAAUUAGUAAUUCGUUCAAAAAUUAUUAUAACACUGCGAUCGAGAAAGAAAAUUUCCUCCCCCUAAUCUCUUUGCAUGUUUAUAUCUACCUCUACUUGUCAAUGUCGAUGUGUCUAUAUCUCACUGGCCGACCCUUGUGUUUCGUAAAAAGCUAUCGAUAAUUUACGUCGUCCAGUUAUUAAUAACACGAAAAAAAAAAAGGAAAAAGCAACUAUCGCGAAGACUUGAAAAUACCUGAGGCAGAUUGGAUAUUUACGCUCUCCUUCUCCUUCUUAUACGAUCGCAUUCUACAAAAGUGGGAUAUCGCGAAAUGGAAUUCGCUUUUAAAAGGAAGUCAGAGAAAGGGAAAGAAAAAAAGGAAUAAAACGAAAACUCUAUUCGAAGAAGCAAAAGGAACUUCCACUUUCCACGUCCAUCGAACUCCUAAGAAUGGUCCAGAUGAUAAUCUCCCAGAUAGCUCUCUCUCUCAGAUUUAACGAAAUCAGAUUCACAAAAGAUUAUAUAUAUAUAUAUAUACAUACACACACACACACACAUAUAUAUAUAUAUACUUCAAGUCAAUUAUCGAAUCCAAAAGAUAUAUGUACAUUGAAAUAGAAAAGACGCAUACCUUUCUCUUGUGAAUUUUUCGAUAUAUCUAUGUAUGUAUUUAUUCUUAUUAUUCUUCUUAUUAUUCUUAUUAUCAUCAUCAUUAUAUAUAUAUAUAUGUGUAUAUUCAUUCGACGUCAUCUGUAACAGGACGUGCGAAAUAUGCCGGUCGUUUCGAAGUGAUCGAAAGCGAAAUGUAUGUUGCAAUUUCAUGCGUAUACAAGAUUCAAUAUCGAUGGAUUUUAUGAAUAGAAUUUCGAUCGCUUCAGAUGAUGAAUAUUCUCUCAUAAAAAUUUCUAAUGCUCCUACAUGCUUUCACUUUAACUCUUAAUCGUUUCUCUCACUUUCUCUCUCUUUCACUCUAUGUAUGUAUGUUUCUGUCUCUCUCUCUCUCUCUCUCUCUCUCUCUCUCUCUCUCUCUCUCUCUCUCUCUCUAUCUCUCUCUCCCUCUUUUACACACAUUUCGCUUCUCGCAAUAUUCUUCGUCUACUUGUACUCUAAUAUACAUAACUGUGCACACAAAUCAUAAACAGAUACUCUUAUCUCUAUCUUUCUAUCUCUCUAUCUCUCUAUCUCUCUCUAUCUCUAUCUCUCUCUCUCUCUCUCUCUCUCUCUCUCUCUCUCUCUCUCUCUUUCGUGUCUUUCGAUGUAACGUUCUAAUGCGCAUGUGCUCUGCAGGCUGUUAUUAUUAUACUUCGUGUCUAUUGUCGUGAUAUCAUGUAAAAUACCGAGGGAAGCUUCGACGAGUGAACAAAAACGGAUUAAGAUUAAAAAAGAAAGUAAUUUUUGAAGGAAAGCAUUUUCAAUUUAAAUAUAAAGAACACGUCCGUUUUCCCUUUUUGAAUAAUUUAAUCUUUUUAAAUAAUUAACACUUUUUUUAAUCUAACUCGCGUUGUUCAAAAGACUGAAAUUUCAUCAAAACGAAGUCCAAAAUCCUCGAGUAGAAUAAUUUAAUUGAUGAAAUUCUUUGACACACGCCAUUAUGUCGAACACGCCAUUAUCCAGAAAGCUUUUCCGUAUGUCACCGAAGAAAAUUUCAACAACGAUUUCGCGAUACGUAAUUCGUAAAAACAGCGUCACUAUUAUCCUUAUUAGCUGUACACAUUGGAUAUAACAUCUUUUAACGAGUAUACAAAUCCAUUUUGCUUUGAUUGAAUUCGAAAUCUCGGAUUAUCAGCAUAAUUCUCAAUGACGGAAUAUCAAUAGAAAAAUAUUUUUACUUCGGCCUGGAUCGAGGAGAAAAGUGAAGGACCGAAGAGACGAGGAGACUUAAUUAAAGAAUAAUAAAAAGGGGAAAAUUAUUAUUAUUAUUAUUAUUAUUAUUAUCAUUGAUAUUAUUAUUCCGACGAAGGAGUCGCUCGAAAUAAACAAAAAAGAAAAAAAAAGAAAAGAAAGAAAAAACUCGUCGAAGCUCUCACGAAAAGCAAUUCUUCUCGAUCUUUUUUCGUGUUUCUCGUUCUAUGAAAAUGUCAACUCUUCGAAAGGGUCGGCUAAAAAUGUAUAACCAAAAGAUGGUAUACUUUUUCCAUCUACGUGCUGUUAUUUGUUAAGCUCUUCUUCUUCGGCACGCUUGAUACGACGUUUGUAUCUCGUACUUCUAAUAUCAUUUAGACUACAAAGGAAAUAGAAAAGAGGAGAUAACAUCGAAUAUAUCGAAAGGAAAAUAAGAAACAAACGAGAAAGAAGAAGAAAAAGAAGAAGAAAAACAAGAAGAAGAAGAAGAAGAAGAGAAGAAGAAAAGAGAUCGAUCUUAUACCGUUAUCUACAACGUUACUGUUAAUUAAUGUCGUGUGUCGUUGUGUUGUAUCUUGACAAGAAGAAAUCAAUGAGUGUCUCUAUCCGUAAAGAAGGUUUCUUCUUUGCUUCGAGCUCGUUAAGGAGAAACUUUUCGACGAUACCGUCACGGUGACAAAAAUCGACAAGAAAAAAACGAAAAAUAAUAAAAUAAUUAAAAAGAAAGAAAAUAGAAGAUAACAAACUUGCACAAACAAAAGAAAGUAUUAACGAUAAUACUAACAAUAAAAGAAAUUUUUCAAGUUUCAAAAAUGACGUUCUAAAAAAGCACCGUGACGAUCGGCUGAAACACCUUUUCACUUUCGACCUACUUUCAUCGUACGUUUUCAGUUAAGAAACGGACAAAAUGAAAAAAAAAAAAGAGAAAGAACAAGCCGGUCGUUUUUUCCCCUAUGCUCGUUAAAAAAAAAAAAAAAAAAAAUAAGAAGAAAAGAGAGAAAACUAUCGGAAGAGAAAAGAAAAGAAAAUUCUACGUUUCUCUCUAUAGGAUAAUAGAAACUUCCGAUAGCUUAUCACCUAUCGUGGUGUUUGUUGAAAUAAAUAUAAAAAAAAAAAAAAAAAAAACAAAAAAAAGAAGUAAUAAUGAAGCAUUUGUUCGAAUCACAAUAAAAACAAAACGAAAUACUUUAAAAGAGAGAAAAAAGGGGAAAAAAUAGAGAAAAAAGGGAGAAAUACUAAGGGAAAGAAAAUAAUAGAUAAAAACGCGGUCCAGGGCAGGGGUCGAAAUUUUUCUCUAUAAAGCACCAAGUAGUAUAGUUCGAUAAUUUCACCGACUACACGUAAAGUCACCUCUUUCGAACGAUCGUGUUUUGUGAAUAUAUCGUGUUUUUUCAGUGCUAUACAUUUUCUUCUCUUUACACGCGUUAGUUGUCCUUCACGAUCGUCAUAAUCUAAAGUCAGAAGAGGAAGAAGUGAAAUAAAAAAAAAUAAAAAGGAAAGGAAAAGGGAAAGAAAGGAAUCAGAAAGUUUAUUAGCUCGUUCGUCACGAAAAAGUUAUAUAUAUAUAUAUAUAUACAUACACAUAUUCCUCUAUUUGUAUAUGUGUAUGUGUGUGUGUGUAGUACGUGUAUUAAAUCGAAAACUGGCUUGUAUUGCACGUGCUUGUAUAUUAGUUCGAUGUGGGAAACCCGCACGAGACCACUGUGGUUUUAUUCGCGAAUCGAUGAUAAAUAACGUGCACUCGGGGCUUUUUUAAUUUGGAAUUUUACAAAUACCUGCUGACCCUCUCAAACCGGUCGAUCGGAGAUACAACUUUUAUAUUUUCAAACCGAGGUAAUUAGUUAAAAUAUUAAUUAUUACCUCGACCGAUAGAUUUUCCAACUUUUUUCGCAGUUCCUCCUUUUCUUUCUAUUUUCUUUUAUGCUUUCUUUUUGUUCUUUUUUUUCUUCUCUUCUUUUUUUUACUUCGUCUCGUAAUAAUUAAAAUCGAGCGUACCCGAGACGCAAGAUCAAGAGACGCAAGGAAAAAAAAAAUAAGAGAAAAGAAUGAAACGAACGAUUUCUCGAUCUUCUCGACCGCACCAUCAUUUUCUCAAUUUUAAUCGUUUUUUUUUUUUUCGAUGUCUUUUUUUUUCUCUUAUAAUUACAAUGACUACGAUCUCGUUAUCAACAUCAGUACUAUACACACUUGCUAUACUUUCCUCUCUCUGUCUCUAUCCUUUGUAGUUCUUACUUCAGCCACCCUAAGCCUUCGCGCGGCACGUGGCACGUGAUAUUGAAACAAAUAAGUAAAGAAACAAAACAAAACAUAACAUAACAAAACAAACAAAAAAAAAUGAAAUAAGAAACAAAUAAUAAAAAUAAAAAACAUACCUUCUAAGCCUGCUCGAUUCGUAUUAGUAGAUCGCGCAAUCGAGUGAGAGGCAAAUUUUUAGAAAGAAAAUGAGAGUAAGAAAAUAACAUAUGGGGGUUUGACGAUACUCAAGGCGUUACACCCUCGACGAGUUUCGCUUAUUGGAAAUUUUUCUUUGUGCCAAGCUUCGAUACUUUUCGAAAGGAUCGAUCGAACUUCCUAUAGAAGAAAAAAAAAAAAGAAGAAAAAGAAAUAAAAAGAAAAGCGAAAAACGCGAAGAGAACGCUAUGAAUUUUCGUCGAGGGAGCAACGCAAAUAUGUUAAUGACAUCGCUUAGAUAUUUUAUUAAGUAGGUUUGAAAAUUACGAAGGGGGGGAUUAAAAAGAAAGAAAAAAAAAUUGGAAAAAGAUUAUAGUGAGAAGAAACGUUAGGUUGAACAUGCGCCGAAGUGUUAAGAUUAUUGUACUAUUAUUAUAAUUAUUAUAAUUAUUAUGAUUAUUAUUACGGUAGGUGUUUCGUUCUGUUACCAUGUAAAUAGUCACUAUGAGCACCAGCGCGACCCGCGUUUUAAUAUUAAAUGUCGUCUUAGGAAUUAUUCAACUAUGCGACUUGCGACGACGAUAAGGGAUGAAGAUAAAAAAAAAUUUAAAUAAAAUAAUGAAAAGCCAAGCGAUAAGAAAAACGAAAGGAUAGAUGAAGAGUGAUAAUAAACAAGAAAUCCAUUUCGUAUUCCUCGACACUCCGAAUUUUGUCUUCGUCUUCAUCUGAAUUUUAUCAAAGUAUGAAAAGGAAAAAAAAGGAAUUGACAAAUUAGCGAAAGAAUCUGAAUUCUUUUAACGAAGAAAAUUUUCUGAGUGUCGAUUGGAUAAAAAAAAAAGAAAAAAGAAAAAGAAACGAGAGAGGAAAAAGAAAAGAUAUUAAAUUAUUACCGGCGUAACUUUUGCGAUAUACCGAUUUGACUAAUUCAGAAACAACGACACAACGCAUUAUAAAGUAAUAAUUGAUAAACUUAAUUAGCGAUUGACGUAACGUUAUUACAAGGAUUAUUCUCCUGAAAGAGAAUUAUGAGGAUGAUGAUAAUGAUGAAAUAUUAUGAUGAUGAUGACAAUGAUAAAUUAUGAUGGUGAUGAUUAUGAUCAUUAUUAUAUAUAUUAUACAUGUGCAUAUUAUAUAUAUAUAAAUAUAUAUAUAAAUAUAAAUAUAUACGCGUGACACAGAAUAGAAUUAUGACAGAGCAAAACGAAAAAUAAAUAAAUACAUAAAUAAAUAAGAAGCAAGACAAGAAACGUUAGCUGUCGAGGGACUAUGAAGAUUUUUGCGAAAAACAUAACGAAAAUUAAAAUGAAAAAACGAAUAACUGGAAAGAAACGAAUCGCGAUAAAAUUAGAAAGAGAAACAAGUGUAAGUUUAAUAGGCUUAGCUUAGCAAAAAAAAAGAAAAAGAAAAAGGAUUCUAGGAUCGAUACGGUCUAGCUUUUUGAUCAAAAAGUCGAACAAGAGAGAAAGAGAAAAAGAGACAGAGAAAAAAUAGGGAAAAAGCUCGAAGCAGAAAAAAAAUAAAAAGAUGACACUGUUUUUUCGACUGCCACUUUCGAUAGGAACGUUCUGUAACGUGCUUACCAUCUUCGAGCGGACUUGUGCGAUUUUUUGGAUGACGACGAUAAUAAUUAUCGUCUAAAAGUUUUUUAUAUUGAACUGAUAGAUCCGAUAGGCCGUUUUACGUGUUUCGAAAAAAAAAAGAAAUGGAUGAGGAACGAAUAAAUCAAAGCGAUCGCUCGCUCUUCGAAACGUUCAUAAAUAUACAUAAACAUGUAUUUACACAAAUUUUUAAAGUUCAUGUAACCUUGUACUUAUUUACUUAAAUAUUAUAUACUUGUUACCUUAUAUCCUAUUAAACGUAUCAAAUCGAUGUUUCUUCUCCUAACACAAAACAACCUUCUAAAGAUAGGAUAAUAUAAAAAAAGAAAGAAUAUAUAAAAAGAAACGUUCAAACAAAUGGAUCCGAACGAACGGAGCGAGUGAUCGAGCGAAACAUGCGCAUUUCGAAAUUUGUUGAACCAAGAAGCAAUAUUACGGAUGCCUGUAAUAAUAAUAAACGUUAUUAUAUGGAGCCUUUUAACCAAAAAGCAAAGAACCGACCAGCGAGCGAAGCACGACGACAAUGCGUAUAUAGAUUCUAUAAGCAGUGUAAAGUUUAAGGUCCGAUAUACGCGUAUUAUGAAUUAAAAUGAGCAAGAAAAAUGAGAAAACGAAGAAAAAAAAAGAAACUAACACAUACAGCCUGAGUCGCGAGACAACAUACAGGACAACGAUACACGUACUCACUUACUCACUCACUCACUUACUCACUCACGUACGUACAGAUACAAAUACACAGAAAUAUACAAAUAUACAAAAUAUUUUCGGUGUUCCUCCAAGCAUCUAAUCUUAAAAAAAAGAAUAAUACUAAUACUAAUAAUAAUAAUAAUAAUAAUAAUAAUAAUAAUAAUAAUAAUAAUAAUAAUAAUAAUAUAAUGUAAUAAUAAUAAUAAUAAUAAUAAUAAUAAUAAUAAUAAUAAUAAUAAUAAUCACGACACAGAAAGAAAAGAAGAGGAAAGUACACCGACACGAAACACGACGAGAAUAUAUCGCGACAAAAGACCAAGAAUACGUAAAUUCAGUGAUGUUCGCGCGCGCGCGUGAUUACGAAUAAAAAAAAAGAAACAAUAGCGAAACACGAUGAAAGUCUCUUUAUUCGUACGUGUGUAUGUGCUGUGCUUAGAAAAAUAAAAAGCGAGAUUGAAAGUGUGCUUUCGGUGGAAAGGAAAAAUAUUUCUGCUCAACUAUCAAUUUUCAUUUUCUUUUCUCUUUGUUUUCCUCUAGUUUCAUUUUUUUUCUUCGUUCCGCUAAUCGAUUGUCAACGAUCAUUACGAAUUGUAAACGUUCGACAAAGACGAACGAAUCUUUGAUAGGAGUUCGGAUAUUUCAGAACUUCUUCGAAGGGAAUGAAUUUUUUAAGUAUGUAACUUUCCGAUCGACGAUCAUGGCGACCUUUUGGCAUGCUCUAAAGAUCGCACGAAGCUUGCUCGCGCAAAGAUAAGUGAAAAAAAAAGCGAGAUUUUCUCGUAGGGAAAGAAAAAAAAAGAUAAAAGAGAAUAGAGAAAAAAUGAGCGAGGGUUGGACGCGAGUAGUGGGGAGAGUGAAUGAGACUGAGGGUACGGGAAAGAAAAAAAGUAAUAAAAAAUAAAAGAACAGGAAGCGAAAAGAGGGUAGAGAGAUUAAAAUAUUAAAAGAAAAAAAAAAGAAAAAAAAGAAAAAAAAUCCCCUUGUAUAAAGUAGUGAGCGUAGUAGUGGCUAAACAAACAAACAAGCGAACAAACCAAAAUAAAACAAAAUUACUGAAUUAUUGAUACCGGAAAUCACGCAAACGAGUUUGUUGUUGAACAUAAUUAUAUAUUGUAUAACAUUUAAGGGAUAACGCGUACAUACAGAAGAGUAACGAAGAAGAUGCGAAAAAAAAAUAAAAAGAGAGAGAAGAGAAAGCGAAAGAAACGGUUGGAGACGAAGGAUUAAAAAGAAUGACGAUGAUGAUAAUAUUAUAUAUACAUAUUGUUGUUAGAUAUAUACAUAUUAUAUAUAUAUAUAUAUUGAUAUAAAAAUGAAAUAAUUUAGGCGUUAAGCAGCGACUCAUUUACACGUAUAUAUUUACACGUACACACACGAACAAAUACACGAACACCGUUCCUACACACAUGUUCAAACUUUCAAGGAAACGUUUUAAAAAUGAGAUCAUUCAUUUACACUAAUAAUGAUGUAUCCUAAUAACAUGUUACACUAAUAACAUGUAUGUACAUAUGUAUAUAUAUAUAUAUAUAUAUAUAUAUAUAUAUAUAUAUACAUACGAUAGUAAAUACAAAUAUGUAUCUAUAUGUACGUGUACGUACAUACAAAUAAAAAAAAACGAUAUAAACAGGCAGCGACCCAAAAAGAUAUUACACAACACGAAAUUCAACACGACAUGCGAAAUUUUUUUGUUUGUUUGUAGCUAUGUCCGCGCGUAGAGAGGGAAGGGGGUGCUCGUAAUCAUUAAAAAAAAAAAAAGAAAGAAAGAAAGAAAAAAAAUAAAGAUAAAAAAUUAGGUACACGCUGUUGGAUAGUAAUACGGCUCGUUUUAACGUGAAAAAUACAAGGAGACCUACUUUUUUGCCAUUCGUUGCUCGUCUUGACCCUUAAAACGAUGUAUACGCGAGUACGAAAGAGAAAAACAGAGAUAGAAAGUAGAGAAGUUAUAAAAAAAAAACAAAAAAAAGAAAAGAAAAAGAAAACAAGAAAAGAUAAAUAUCAGGAAUUUCGUGCAAGUUCUAAGUAAAACGAGUCGAAGCGCUUUUACCACCGAAGUCGAACAUCUUUUUUCUCUUCGUUUAAAGAGGAAAGGAAAGCGAACAAAAAAUCGGAAGAAAAAGAAAAAAGAUAGUAAAAGGUUUCGACUCUUGCAUAGGAUCGCGUUUUAAGGGUCGAGAUGGAGCCCGUUACGACUCGCCAUUUCAAGAAGUCGGAUCGGAAUCUAAAGAGCCGUAAACGAAGGACGUAAACGUUAGAGGUGAAAGAACAAAAGCGAGAAAAGAAAAAAAAAAUAGUAUGAUAUAACGAAAACGUGAGAAAGAGAUAUAUAUAUAUAUAGGGAGAGAGAGAGAGAGAGAGAGAGAAAUACAGAUAGAGAUAGAAAUCCAGAGAGAGAAAGAAAGAGAGAGAGAAAGAUAGUAACGAGACAAAAGUGAGGAAAAAAAAAGAAAAAACACGAGCUCUCCCCCUUUCUUACUUUGUAAAACGAAAGACUCGAUGGCAUUAUUAUUUUCGCUUUUUUCACGUACCGAAAGGGAAAAAAAACACGACGAUAGAAUAUAGAAGCGAAUAAAAACGAAUAAAAGGGGGGGGGGGGUUGUGAAUGAGGAAUAAAAAUACGAUGAACACAAGUUUCGGGGCGCGCCUCGCCGUUAUAGCUCUUAAUAAAAGAAAAAAAAGAAAAAAAAGAUAAGAUAGCGACAUUACUAUGUCUUAAUAAUUAAAGGGAAAAAGUGAAAUAAAAAAAAUGAAGUAAAUCAUUAAGCAAGAUUAUGCGUUUAUGUUAUUUAGUUCUAACCACUGAGAUGAGAACAAAAAAAAUGUAAUAAAAAUCAAUCAUGUUACCAAA